UAAAACUGUGGUGGAUUUAGCAGAUAUUCGACUAUAGACAGGCGGUGAAGCUGAGGGUUUAGCGCCAAGACAAAUCCACUCCUCUCUGACGUUGAUGCUUCAAGUCAUCUGUUCCCUACAAGGCGCCAGCUCAGUGGAACUAGCCCGGCCUGGAUACACACACACGGAGCAGUCUGAGUCUGAAAAACAGGCGGUGAAAUUACACAUUAUUCGUAUUUAUUUUUUGGAGGUAGAUACGAGUGAACUUCAAGGGCUGAAUCUUGAGGUUUACUCCGAAAGUGACGCAUACCCCUCUGAGUAUAAUGCGAGGAAAACGGGAAGAAACAGAACCCAAGUCUGUUGCUCCCGAGGCGCCCCAAGAAACUACAGUACGACCGAGAAAGAGGAAGGCAGAUGUUGCCAUUUAUUUACAAGAUCUGGAUGAGGAGGUAGCAGAGAUGACAAAGAAGAAGCAGCGGGAAUGUGAGCCGGGCUGGAGUCCUGAUGCUUGUUACACGAGUCCACAGAGAUGGAUCCCCACACCCGAUCAGGAGGAAGACCCACCAGUUGCCUUGAUAAACGCAGGUUUCCCCCACUACAACUUCAACAACGUUUUCGUAACCCCUGUGCGAUGUGCUCCGCUUCCUGCACUGUGCUGGGCCAGUAAGGAUGUGGUAUGGAACAACAUGUUGGAGAAGGAUAAGACCUACACCAGGGACGUCAAGGUGAUGGAUAAACAUCCUCAUCUGCAGCCCAAGAUGAGGGCAAUUCUCCUGGACUGGCUCAUGGAGGUGAGUGAGGUGUACAAACUGCACAGGGAGUCCUACCACCUCGCUCAGGACUACUUUGAUCGCUUCAUGGCCACCCAGAGGAACGUCUUCAAAUCAACGCUGCAGCUCAUCGGCAUCACCUGUCUCUUCAUUGCUGCCAAAGUAGAGGAGAUGUACCCUCCCAAGGUCCACCAAUUUGCCUAUGUUACAGAUGAAGCCUGCACUGAAGAUGAGAUUCUCAGUAUGGAAAUCAUUAUAAUGAAGGAGCUGAAGUGGAGUCUCAGCCCACAGACUCCCAUCUCCUGGCUCAAUGUUUACAUGCAGGUGGCUUACCUGAAAGAGACGGACGAGCUGCUCAUCCCCAGAUACCCACAGACCACCUUCAUACAGAUAGCAGAGUUGUUGGACCUUUGUAUGCUCGAUGUGCAUUGCCUUGAGUUUUCCAAUGGCGUCCUUGCUGCCUCAGCCCUGUUUCACUUCUCCUCUCUGGAGCUUGUGGAAAACGUCUCAGCUCUGAAGAGGGUGGAGGUGGAGGAGUGUGUGAGGUGGAUGGUGCCCUUCGCCAUGGCACUGCGGGAAGUUGGUGGGUCGUCUUUGAAAAUAUUCCCAGGAAUCCCUGCAGAUGACAUGCACAACAUCCAGACACACGCCUCCUACAUGACAUGGCUGGAUAAGGCCUACUCCUACCAGGAUGUGGAGCUGGAGCGUCACAGCACCUGUCCCGUACCUCCGGGCGUCCUCACUCCACCUCAGAGCAGUGAGAAAACUGAAGAGUUGGUCCGCUUGGAUACGGCAGUGCUGAAAAUCAGGCCCAGGAUUCAGACUCCAUCCCCACAACGGCAACUUCCAAAGUAGUGACGCAAACGCUGAAGCUGACAAGACAACAGCGAAUCUUAAUUCCAUUUUUUUAAGCUGUAAGAGGGGAAAAAAGCAUCUUUGAUGUGUUGACUCUGAACAGCAAUGCCACUGCAGUACCAGUACACACGCGUGGAUUAAUGGAUGGAUUUUGAGUGGGAAAGGUCGAUGGAAAUAGUUUUCACCUUUAAAGUUAUACUGGUUAUGUGGAUCCAGGUGCUUUUUUUUUUUUAUGUCUCUGUUGUGUGUUCACACAGUGACUUUGAUGAAAUCGGGGAAAUGCUGACACAUGGCCUCUAUUCACACAGGAACCUAUUUAACCCUCCAGUUUGAUGAAAACACAAAAAGAAACGGUGUUUGGAUGUGACGGCUGGAGGAUUUCUUUUUGUUUUGUUUUUUGGAAUAGCAUUGCACCCGAAUGCUUGCAUUAAUUACCAACCACACCUACAUUUUUGUGGUUGCCAUUUUUAUUUUCUAUGCAGAGGCCAAAUUGAAUGGACAUUUUAUAGAGUCUCUACUUGAUUUAACGUGUGUCUGAGUGUGUGUGAUUGUGUUUGGGGGGGAAUGCUGUUUUUAAUCUAUAAGUGGCCUCAUUUGCCCAAAAACUAUUCCUAGGGUCAUUUUUGGCUCUCUGCUGCUAUAAAAGUGGGCUUUGCAUGAUGGAAUGGGAGGAGUGUGUGUCUGUGUGUGAGAGAGUGUGAGUGAAAAAGUGUGUUGCUCUUGUUUUUUGGUUCUACUUUCGCCAUUUUAUUGGAUAGAACAUGGCCAUGUUUUGCUUAGGGACCAGUAGCUUGGCUACCUAAAUGGACUCGUGAACCAGCCGGGCUUCAGAAGCUAAAAUAUUGAUUGUAUUUAACUUGUAUUUUUUAUCCCAACCUGCGGUUCGUUUACUCCACCACCAAAAUGUAAGAUUUCUAUUUUGACUUUUGGAAAUAAAAUGCUGCUACAUA